CGUCUCUCUAUCUUUCAUUCAGUUCAAGUUGACUGAGUUGGCGAAAGUUGUCGGCGAUUAAUUUUCUGCCUUCUGCCUUCUUGUGGCUGCUUGUGGCUUGUAUCGAAGAGUUGCGAAGAGUCUCGAUCGCAUCGCAUAGCGAGUCAAUAACUGCUGUCGUUUCGACUUCAGAUUCAUCAUGCAAAUCUUUGUGAAAACCCUCACUGGAAAAACCAUCACUCUUGAGGUGGAAGCUUCUGAUACUAUAGAGAAUGUCAAAGCUAAGAUCCAAGACAAAGAAGGUAUCCCUCCAGAUCAGCAACGUCUGAUCUUUGCUGGAAAGCAACUGGAAGAUGGAAGAACUCUCUCCGACUACAACAUCCAGAAGGAGUCUACACUUCAUCUAGUUCUACGUCUUCGAGGAGGAAUGCAAAUCUUUGUGAAGACUCUUACUGGCAAAACCAUUACUCUUGAAGUUGAAGCUUCAGACACAAUAGAAAAUGUGAAGGCCAAAAUCCAGGACAAAGAGGGAAUUCCUCCAGAUCAGCAGCGUCUGAUUUUUGCUGGUAAACAACUUGAGGAUGGUAGAACUCUUUCCGACUACAACAUUCAGAAGGAAUCCACACUUCAUCUGGUUUUGCGUCUUCGAGGAGGAAUGCAAAUUUUUGUGAAGACUCUCACGGGUAAAACCAUCACCCUUGAAGUUGAAGCUUCAGACACAAUAGAAAAUGUGAAGGCCAAAAUCCAAGACAAAGAGGGAAUUCCUCCAGAUCAGCAGCGUCUGAUUUUUGCUGGUAAACAACUUGAGGAUGGUAGAACUCUUUCCGACUACAACAUUCAAAAGGAAUCCACACUUCAUCUGGUUUUGCGUCUUCGAGGAGGAAUGCAAAUUUUUGUGAAGACUCUCACGGGUAAAACCAUCACCCUUGAAGUUGAAGCUUCAGACACAAUAGAAAAUGUGAAGGCCAAAAUCCAAGACAAAGAGGGAAUUCCUCCAGAUCAGCAGCGUCUGAUUUUUGCUGGUAAACAACUUGAGGAUGGUAGAACUCUUUCCGACUACAACAUUCAAAAGGAAUCCACACUUCAUCUGGUUUUGCGUCUUCGAGGAGGCAUGCAGAUCUUCGUAAAAACUCUUACGGGUAAAACCAUCACCCUUGAAGUUGAAGCUUCAGACACAAUAGAAAAUGUGAAGGCCAAAAUCCAGGACAAAGAGGGAAUUCCUCCAGAUCAGCAGCGUCUGAUUUUUGCUGGUAAACAACUUGAGGAUGGCAGAACUCUUUCCGAUUAUAACAUUCAAAAGGAAUCUACACUUCAUCUGGUUUUGCGUCUUCGAGGAGGAAUGCAAAUUUUUGUGAAGACUCUCACGGGUAAAACUAUCACUCUUGAAGUUGAAGCUUCAGACACAAUAGAAAAUGUGAAGGCCAAAAUCCAGGACAAAGAGGGAAUUCCCCCAGAUCAACAACGUUUGAUUUUUGCUGGCAAACAACUGGAGGAUGGCAGAACUCUUUCCGACUAUAACAUUCAAAAGGAAUCUACACUUCAUCUGGUUCUGCGCCUUCGAGGAGGAAUGCAAAUUUUUGUGAAGACUCUCACCGGCAAAACAAUUACCCUUGAAGUUGAAGCUUCGGAUACUAUAGAAAACGUAAAAGCCAAAAUACAAGAUAAAGAGGGAAUUCCCCCAGAUCAACAACGUUUGAUUUUCGCUGGCAAACAACUGGAGGAUGGCAGAACUCUUUCCGACUAUAACAUUCAAAAGGAAUCAACACUUCAUCUGGUUCUGCGCCUUCGAGGAGGAAUGCAAAUUUUUGUGAAGACUCUCACCGGCAAAACAAUUACCCUUGAAGUUGAAGCUUCGGAUACCAUAGAAAACGUAAAAGCCAAAAUACAAGAUAAAGAAGGAAUCCCACCUGAUCAACAGCGUUUAAUCUUCGCAGGGAAACAGCUAGAAGACGGUAGGACUCUUUCCGAUUACAACAUCCAAAAGGAAUCUACACUCCACUUAGUUUUACGACUUCGCGGAGGUGCACUUCUGUGAACUGAAAGUCUGUAGAAAGAUUUGCUAGUCGUAAAUUGAAUAGUAUCAGUAGUAACGAACUAGCAUUUAUUACUUUUUUUUUUUUUUUUUUUUAUGGACGUCGAUUUGUCCUUAUAUACAAUGUAAUACUUUGAAAAAUAUUCGUCGAAUUCAAAGUGAAGACAACAAGAAUGUAAAAAAUUAUAAUCUAAAUGUAUACAAAUGAUGACAUUCUUGUUUAAUAAACGUUAUAAUCAUAA